AUGAGGGAUCUUUAUUUAUCAAAUUGUGAAAAGAAUUUUAUUCAAAAAAUUAUUUCGGAAGGGCAUCGAUUAGAUGGCAGAAUUUACAAUGAGAGCCGAAAAUUAGAUAUAUCAUAUGGUUCAGAAUAUGGCAGUUGUAUUGUUUCAUUAGGAGAAACUAAGAUAUUAGCUCAAGUAUCAUGUGAAGUAGUUCAGCCUAAGCAAAUAAGGCCCAAUGAAGGCAUUCUUUUUAUUAAUGUUGAAAUAAGUCCCAUGGCUGCGCCACAGUUUGAGGCCAACAGACAGACAGAUCUCACAGUUUACCUUAACAGACUUUUGGAGAAAUGCUACAAAGACUCUAAAUGUAUAGAUUUAGAAUCUCUAUGCAUUGUUGUAGAAGAGAAGGUGUGGUCAUUAAGAGUGGAUAUAAAAGUUUUAAAUCAUGAUGGAAACUUAAUUGAAUGUGCUAGCAUCGCUACGCUAGCGUCAUUGGCACAUUUUAAAAGACCUGAUGUAACUCGUAGUGGAGAUAGUGUCAUAAUUCACACAUUAUCUGAAAAGGAUCCCAUACCUACUGUCUUAUUUCACUACCCUGUUUGUGUAACUUUUGCUAUAUUUAGCAAUAAUAUUCUCGUAUCAGACCCUAGUUUUAUAGAAGAAUCAGUGUGCACAAGUAACUCUGAGGAAGGCAGUACAGGAGGAUUGCUCGUUGUUGGAAUGAAUCAAUAUAAGGAAUUGUGUGUAUUGAAUUUGUCUGGUGCAGCUAUAUAUAAUUCAAAUGUUGUGCAUAAAGCCAUACUUAAUGCAUCUGAUAGGUGUAAGAAUAUUGUUGAAGAGGUUAAGAGUAAAAUUGUAACUGAUGAUAAUUUAAGGCAAAAGCGUGUUAAGAUCAAUUUCGCCGAUAUAAUUACAACAGAUCACAUACAGACACUUUGUAAGAAGGAUCUUAGUAUUUGUCUUAAGAAUUUCAAGAUCAAUGAUGUGAAACGAGAAGACGAUUCAGAGAUGUCAGAGGACAAUAUAACAGAAGAUAGUAAAUAUGAUGUUGUAGCAACAAAGACAAAUGUAGCUGAAAUUAAGUCAAAGGAAGCUAAAUCUUCAUGGAUAGAAAUAUCAUCCGAAUCUGAAGAAGAUUAA